GCCGCUCUUUCCCCGCCUGACUGUCUCCUCGACUGCUCUGGGCCGCUGUUGUAUUGUGGGAUCGCGGCGCUGCGCCUGCGAAGCUCGGGUCCUCAGGCGAGCCCGUUCGCUGGCGCCGCCUGUCGUCCUGAAGGCGGCCCUGCUCGUCCUCGGCACAACAUCCCCUGACACCCCCCCCAUCGCCUCCUCCUCCAUCCUCCAGUCCAAAAUGGCGGCGGCAGCGGCAGCGGCGGCGAUGGCUGCUCCGGGCUCCCCGGGUGCGUGCCCCAACUUCGCCGUCGUCUGCUCCUUCUUGGAGCGCUACGGGCCGCUGCUCGACCUGCCGGAGCUGCCGUUCCCCGAGCUGGAGCGAGUGUUGCAGGCGCCGCCGCCGGACGUCGGCGACGGAGAAGUACCGAAAGAAUUAGUUGAGCUUCAUUUGAAGUUGAUGAGGAAGAUUGGCAAAUCUGUUACAGCAGACCGAUGGGAAAAAUAUUUGAUCAAGAUAUGCCAAGAUUUUAAUAGCACCUGGGCAUGGGAAAUGGAGAAGAAAGGCUAUCUUGAAAUGAGUGUUGAAUGCAAGCUAGCGCUGUUAAAGUAUCUCUGUGAGUGUCAAUUUGAUGAUAAUCUCAAAUUCAAGAAUAUUAUUAAUGAGGAGGAUGCAGAUACCAUGCGUCUCCAGCCAAUUGGCCGAGACAAAGAUGGCCUCAUGUACUGGUACCAGCUGGAUCAAGAUCACAAUGUCAGAAUGUAUAUUGAAGAACAAGAUGAUCAAGAUGGUUCUUCAUGGAAAUGCAUUGUCAGAAAUAGAAAUGAGUUGGCUGAGACUCUUACACUCCUAAAAGCACAAAUUGAUCCUGUACUAUUGAAAAACUGUAGCCAACAGGACAUCUCCUCUCGGGAAAGUCCCAACAUAGAGGAUGAGGAAACUAAAAAGGAGGAGGAAACACCUAAACAAGAGGAGCAGAAGGAAAAUGAAAAGAUAGAAGGUGAAGAGCCGCCAAUAGAUUCAGAAAAUCAUUCUUCAUUAAAUAUGCUAGAAGAGACUACUGUAAAAAUAGAAAAAGAUGAUGUAAGAGAACUUGUGAAACUUCCAGUAAUAGUGAAACUAGAAAAACCUUUUCCAGAAAUUGAAGAAAAAAAUAUUAUCAAGGAAGAAAGUGAUUCCUUCAAGGAAAAUGUCAAGCCUAUGAAAGUGGAAUGUAGAGCAGAUACAAAAGAUACAAAAAGUAGCUUGGAGAAACUAGAGCCUGAGAGGCAAGAAUUUGGAAGCAAUAUUAAAUCUUCGCAAGAAAUCGUAGAGAAGCCUACAGACGAAACUGAGAAACUUAAAAAUGACCAGCAGGCAAAGAUUCCACUGAAAAAAAGAGAAAUAAAACUUAGCGAUGAUUUUGACAGCCCAGUCAAAGGACCUAUGUGUAAAUCAAUUACUCCAACAAAAGAAUUUUUGAAAGAUGAACUAAAACAAGAAGAAGAGACUUGUAAAAGGAUCUCUACAAUCACCACUUCAGUUCAUGAAGGAAAACAAUUGGUAAAUGGAGAAGUUAGGGAUGAAAAAGUUACUCUAAAUUUUAAGAUGGAACAAAUGGAGACAAAGUUUUAUGACACACAGGAAGAUAGCUAUAGCCCCUCUAGAGACAGAACUGUUAUUAUUGAGGGAAAUGGAGCAGAAUCCUUUAAUUCUGUAAUAACAAGUUUGAAAAUAGACGAUGUUGAGAAAGAAGUAGUUCCUAAAGGUAAUUCAUUAUCAUUGUUAGAGACUCAAAGUCAAAAGGAGCAGUUAGAACAAGUUGGUCUUCCAGAAACGGAAACUUCUCUUGAGACUUCUGCUGUGGCAAAGGAUCUCUCCUUAAAAACUGUUUUAUCAACCACUGAAUCCUGUACUGUGAAAGUUGAAGAGAAGUUUCCACAAUGUAUAAAGGAUAAGCGCCCACCAGUCAUAGAAUGUCUUGAAAAGUUAGACAAGUCCAAAAAGACUUUUGAUAAAGACACGCAAAGACUGAGUCCAAUACCAGAGGAGGUAUCAAAGAGUACUCUGGAGCUAAAAAGGCCAUACUCUCCUGAAGUGCCCAAAAUAUCUUCACCUCCCAUUAUGACUGACCACUGUGAGAAACAAGGCUCAAAUAAAGAAGUGGUAGGUUGUCAGAACACAGGUUCCGUUGAAGAGCAUUCCCAGGAAAAGGGAGACUCAGAAAUUCAAAAACAACAAGAUUCUGAAUCCAAAAAGAUGGAAAUGGAUAAUCUGGACAGUGCUCAGACCUCUGGCAGAGAGGGUCCUUCUGAGGCAAAGGGUUCUGUGCAAAAAAGCAAAUUUAAGUAUAAGUUGAUUUCUGAAGAAGAAACCACUGUUUCAGAAAACACAGAGAUAACUUCUGAAAGGCAGAAAGAAGGUAUCAAAUUAACAAUUAGGAUAUCCAGCCGGAAGAAGAAACCUGAUUCUCCAGCCAAAAUUGUAGAAGCAGAAGCCAAACAGAAGACAGAAAAGGAGGAAGAGAAAGUGAAUGUGGGUCGUACUUUAAGGAGGUCUCCAAGAAUAUCUAGACCAACAGCAAAGGUUGCUGAGAUUAGAGAUCAAAAAGCCGAUAAAAAAAAGGGUGAUGGAGAUGAUGAAGUGGAUGAAGAAACAGCAGCUUUACAAAAAACAGACAAGAAAGAAAAUUUGAAAAAAAUGGAAAAGGAUAUAAAUUCUAAAAUCAACAAGUUAAAACCCAAGGGCAAAGUUCGAUGGACUGGUUCUCGAACACGUGGCAGGUGGAAGUAUUCCAGCAAUGAUGAAAGUGAAGGAUCUGACAGUGAGAAAUCUGCAGCUUCGGAAGAAGAAGAAAAGGAAAGUGAAGAAGCUGUCCUAGCAGAUGAUGAUGAACCAUGCAAAAAAUGUGGCCUUCCUAACCAUCCUGAACUAAUUCUUCUGUGCGAUUCUUGUGACAGUGGAUACCACACUGCCUGCCUCCGUCCUCCUCUGAUGAUCAUCCCUGAUGGAGAAUGGUUCUGCCCCCCGUGCCAGCAUAAACUGCUAUGCGAAAAAUUAGAGGAACAGCUGCAGGAUUUGGAUGUUGCCUUGAAGAAGAAGGAACGUGCUGAACGCAGGAAAGAACGCUUGGUGUAUGUGGGAAUCAGUAUUGAAAACAUCAUUCCUCCACAAGAACCAGAUUUGUCUGAAGAUCAUGAAGAAAAGAAAAAAGAUUCAAAAAAGUCUAAAGCAAACUUGCUUGAAAGGAGGUCAACUAGGACACGUAAAUGUAUAAGUUACAGGUUUGAUGAGUUUGAUGAAGCAAUUGAUGAAGCUAUAGAAGAUGACAUCAAAGAAGCUGAUGGAGGAAUUGGCCGAGGAAAAGAUAUCUCCACAAUCACAGGUCACCGAGGGAAGGACAUAUCUACUAUUCUGGAUGAAGAAAGGAAAGAAAACAAGCGACCCCAGAGGGCAGCUGCUGCUGCUAGAAGGAAGAAACGUCGGCGAUUAAAUGAUCUGGAUAGUGAUAGUAAUCUGGAUGAAGAGGAGAGCGAGGAUGAAUUCAAGAUCAGUGAUGGAUCUCAAGAUGAGUUUGUAGUAUCUGAUGAAAACCCUGAUGAAAGUGAUGAAGACCCACCAUCUAAUGAUGAGAGCGACACGGACUUCUGUAGUAGGAGACUGAGGCGACAUACCUCCCGACCAAUGAGGCAAAGUAGGCGUUUGCGGAGAAAAACCUCAAAGAAAAAAUACUCUGAUGAUGAUGAAGAGGAGGAAUCAGAAGAGAAUAGUAGAGACUCUGAAAGUGACUUUAGCGAUGAUUUUAGUGAUGACUUUGUAGAAACUCGACGAAGGCGCUCAAGGAGGAACCAGAAAAGACAAAUCAACUACAAAGAAGAUUCAGAAAGUGAUGGUUCUCAGAAGAGUUUACGGCGUGGUAAAGAAAUCAGACGUAUUCACAAGCGCAGGCUUUCUAGUUCAGAGAGUGAAGAGAGCUAUAUGUCCAAGAACUCUGAAGAAGAUAAGCUAGCUAAGGAAUCAAAGCGAUUAGUUCGAAAGCGGCGUCGAAGUUCAGAUGAAUAUUCAGAAGAGGAAGAGGAAGGCAAACCAUCCCGGAAACGACUACACCGAAUUGAGACAGAUGAAGAGAGUUGUGACAAUGCUCAUGGAGACGUAGAUCAGCCUGUCCAUGACAGACAACCCAGGGAACUGCUUUCAGAACAAGAGAGCACCAAGAAGCCCUAUCGGAUAGAGAGCGAGGAGGAAGAGGACUUUGAAAAUGUAGGCAAGGUGGGCAGCCCGCUGGACUAUAGCUUAGUGGACUUACCUUCCACGAAUGGACAAAGUCCUGGUAAAGCCAUUGAGAACUUAAUUGGCAAACCAACUGAGAAGCCUCAGACCCCAAAGGACAACAACACAACCAGUGCAAGCCUGGCCCCCAAUGGGACAAGUGGUGGGCAGGAGGCAGGGGCACCAGAAGAGGAGGAGGAUGAGCUGUUGAGAGUGACUGACCUUGUUGAUUAUGUCUGUAAUAGUGAACAGUUAUAAGACUUUCCUUCCCUCCUUCCUUCCUUCCUUCCUUCCUACCUUCCUUCCUUCCUUUCUUUUUUUUUUCCUUCAUUUUUGUGCUAAUUUAUUCCACGGUAGCUCUCGUACCAGCGGGCCAGUUAUUAAAAGCUGUUUUAUUUUUCCUAGAAAAAACCACUACAGAAUGACUUUUUAGAAGAAAAAUUUCAACAAACCCUGAAGUCUUUCUGUGAUGUGACCAGUUUGAACUUUGAAGAUAAAUAAUUACUGUAAAUUCCUCUUGAUUUUCUUUUUCCAAUUCAUGGUCCUUGGUAAUUUCAUUCAUGGAAAAAUAUCUUACUAUAAUAACAACAAAGAUUUGUAUAUUUUUUACUUUUAUUUCCUGAGCUCUCCUAACUUUGUUAAAAAGGGUGGAUAAGAAUGCAUUCCAAAUCUGUGAGGGCCCAAAACAGAUUUAGGGUGGGAGAAAGCACUUGUGCUUUACCUUUUUCAUAUUAAAUAUAUCUGAUGUUUAAACAUUCAUGGCAUAGAUGAUAAUUAACAGACCGGUUCAGAGUUGGAGUCUGUAUUGUUGUAGUAUGAGAAUUUGUAGAUAACACCAUAUAUAAGUCAUUUAGAAAUAGCAGUCAUGAAUCCAACUUGUUUACUAUUGGAGAUAACCACAUUUAAUAAAGGAGACACUGAAAAAGUACCACCAUCAAAAAUCUAACAUAUGUUUCUGUUGUAGCAAAGUUUCUUAAAAAAAUCAUCUGAAAAAACAUUUGUACAGUAAAUUGUAUAUUAAGGCUUUGACAACCAGACUGUGCUAGUAAAAAAAAAAUCUUUUAAGAGCAGCUUUUCUGCAGUGGUGAGGGGUGGCCUCUUCUGUACUAUGACAGAGAGUUAUUAGAGAAAUGAAAGUGGCCUUUCCUAAGACCCAGGUAAACUGACAACUUUGCAGAUAAUGUGACUCUUGUCUUAUGGCCACUUACUUUUUAAAUAGCUGAAAUAUCAUUUUGAAAGAAAAUGCAUCUCUAGAUAAUGACCAUGAAAAGAUGAUUAGCUGACAAUGGUAUUUUAGCACAUUGGAUGAAGGGGGAAAGGAAUUUCAGGUGAAUUUCAACUGCUAUAUUCCUGCCCUUAGUAUCUACUUCAAAUUGAAGUCUACAAACAAAGCAGUUCCUUUGGGAGGUUUUUAGUUUUAAUUUUAGCUCGUGAGUGUGUGUGUGUGUGUCCAUAUGUUUUGGGAUUUUUUAUCUGCCUGGAUUUAUUAGCAGGGUUCCAAUAUAGUUUUGGCCUUUGACCAUUAGACUUUCAUUAAAAUUUAUUAACAGUCACAAGACCAACAGAGUUGAAUGAGAACCAACAGUAUGCUUAACAGGCAUGCCAUCCUCAUCAGACAUCUCAGUACUUUAAAGAAAAAUCAACCCUUUGUUUUAAGAGAAAGGGGUUUGUUACUAACAAAGCGUUUAACAUGUAAUUGACACUAAAAUAUGAACUUUUGUCUUACUUAAUUUCUGUUACAGCUGUAAAACUUCAGGCAGAGCCAUAAAUAACAUUGUAUAAAGUAUAGCACUUGUGAUUAAACCUCACCUGUCAAACUCUGAAACCUCUUCUGCCAUUACUUCUGUGAAUACUUUUGCCUUGGGAUUUGGGUUUUUCUAUUGUGAUGUGUCUGUUGCCGGCAAUGGGCACACACUAUCUGCUGCUGGCUCAAGAAUCUUAGGUUUUCUUUCCUAAUUAAGCAUUCUUUGUGCUAGUUGAUGCAUAGUUAAGCACUUUUUCUUUCUUGCUUUCUCUCUCUCUCUCUUUCUUUCUUUAUUUUAUUACUAAAACACUGACUUUAGUCUUGUGUUAUAACUCUCUCUCCAGAACGUUCAUAUUCUUUUACCUUCUUCAACAGACGUUUCCCUUAAAUCUAAUCUUUGACUGUGGGAGUUUACAGCUAUUAUUUUUCACUUAUUGUUGUUUUGUUUCACUUUAGAUCUGUAAACAAACCUGCCCAUUUAAUAUUUUUGCUUUGAUUCUAGCAAUGUAUAUGUAUUUGUACAGAUAAAUAAAAUAAUGAAAGCACCCUAAAGCAGUAUGCACCAAUAGCAUGUGGUUUUAAGCAAGUUGUGAUUUUUAUUUGAGGCAGUGUUCACUGGAAGGGAGGGAUGGGCUUACAUACACAGAUAGUAAUUAAUAGGGCUAUGUAAAGAACAGUGUUCAUUUACCAAGGCUUCUGUCUGGGUAGGUUUCCUUCACUUAUUCAAAGUUGGUUAGGAACGUUAGUUUUUUAUCUGAAGUAGGUUGGUAAAAGAAGGAAGACUACUAGUGUAAGGUAUAUGGUUAAAAUAUACAGAUAGGCUAUCUUACCACCCGGUCACCCUGUCUGCUGUUUCAGUCUUACAGGAAGAUAUAGUCAGUGUCAUGUAGAAACUCCCAUGUCUGUCUCAGCCUCUGGACAAACCAGCUCCUGCUGACAAACCUUCUAGUUCUGCUCCUCAUUUAAGCUCCUCAUUUAAUUAUUAUUCUUUUAUUGGAUUCUCUACUGUGAAAUGGAAUUCUUUUUACUCUUAGCUAAUUUUUAUCCUAGUAAAGACUGUAUUCCAUCCCACAUGACUGGGUUAUGAUAACCACUUUUGCUGCCUGAGACUUAGAAAUUUGAAUUGUUUGUGAACUUGAGAGUGAGUUAUUCCCUUCUAAUGAAAUCUGCUGAGUUUGUUUCAUAAACAGUGGGUGGAACCCAAGCAGCUGGUAUUUUCAUACUGUUUAUAUACAGAUGCUCUGAUUAUGGGUAAUUGAUUACAUUUUGUUUUGAAUAGAUCAAAACAAGAGCAUUUAAUGGGUGUUUAUAUUCACUUCCUCAAAAAGUACAAAUUUUCAUUUCACUGAAAUAUUACUCUGAACAUGUUUUGAAGAAGUUAAAAUUAGGAAAGAACACAUGUUCUGAUUAAUGACACAAUUAAGUUAUUUUAAUAGACAAGGCUUAGGAAAGCAGUAACUCAUCUAGAGUUUAGACAUCUCUGAUCCUUAUUACAGUGCUAACCAUUGGCUGCCAUGUUAUAGAACCCUUUAAUAUUUUAGCCCUCCUUUUUGAAAUAGAAGUUGGGCUAUAAAUCAGUUGGAUUAAGGAGAUAAAUAUUUUCAUACUCAGAAUAUUUACUUUGCCAUUUAUUUUUUAUCUUUUGAAGCUAGUCCACUUUUCACAAGGCAAAAAUUUGCAUUAAAGUAUAUGCGAAAAUAACUGAAAAUCAGCAUUUCGCUUGUUGGUUUGUGAUAGUGAAAUAUUGUUCAGUGUAAAUUAUUUUUUAUUGUUGGAAUAUUACUGGAAAAUGGUGUCAGAUAUUUUCAUGGAUAUUCCUGGUAUAUUGUGGUUGUGUUUCCUUCUUUCCCCAAUUAGUCAAAGUUGCAAACUCAAAACAUAAGAAGCAUAAACAGUUCAUUUAGAAUAAACUAGUGUUACUGAUAAUCUAUUUUUUUAAGUGUGACCUGCCAAAGAACCAAGGGUGUUAAAUGCUAAGAGAAAUUGUAACAAUAAAGGUUUUUGAAGCAAUUUUUAAAAAUAUUAAAAGUCAUAAUUUUCACUUUUUGAUGAAUUUAACCAUCCCAUGACAAUGCAUUUAUGCAAGUACAUUAACAAAUAAGAUGUUUCUCUGUUAUUUAGGCUUUAAGUGAUGGGAGUAUGUUGCCUACAUGUAGGUAGAGUUGAUGGAAUUUUAUUUAUCACAAGGGAAUACCCUUUUAACUUACGUGGACAUAGGACAUGUUAACCACUUGCUUAUUUGUCCUACCAUACAAUAGAAAAGAACCCAAUGAAUCUGCAAGUUUAAUUUUCAGAAAAAUCUGAGAAUUCCUCACUUCACCAGCACAGUGGAACAGGUCUAUGAUUCAUGGUGUUUCAUCCAGAUAUAACAAGUAUUCAAAGACCCAGAUUGGUAUGGAAUGCCCAUAUAUGUAUGUAUCAGUAUUAUAUACAUGCUUUAGACAGAAGGAGGAAAAAAACCUUUUGAGUCAUUAAUUGAAAAUAUAAGGGACGUAAUUGUAAUGGAUACGAAAUUAUAAAUUUCAUUUAAUUAAAACAAUCUAGAGAAAAAAUACCGAUGCACCUUUUCUUGGUCUGACAUUCUGAAUAUGUAUUCAUGGUUCCUCGAUGAAACAGGUAUACCAAGAUGUAAUCUCUCUAAUCCUUAAAUUAAUGUGUUAUUAAACUUCCUAGAAUAAAUUUCAUUCCCAUUUUACCUACUGUACCUGCUGUGUACCAGUAAGCCUACCUUGGUAGUGGAAAGCUAAGUGCUGGUUUUCCUCAUUGACUUUAUACCAAUCCUUCAAGAUAAGGCCCAUUGCUAUGAUUGUAUAUAAAUGUUAGGUUAUGUGUACACCUAUUACUUGUUUUUGAAAUAUUGUACUUCAACUUAAAUUAUCAUUUAACAUUUUUCAGUGCCAAGAAUUGCUAAGUAACUAACAUUGAAGAUAGGUAGAAGCCAUAGUGCAGUGCUCUUGGUAUAUAACCACUACAGAUUAUAUGUUCAGUAAUUUAAAAAGUCAGUUCUCAUGAGUCCAUUAGAACAGGGUCCCAUUAGUGUACUGUUUUUCCACAUUUUAGUCAUGAAAGAUUUUUUUUUUUAAGAUACCAUUUUGUAAACUUUAUUUCUCUGGGAAAUUCUUCAGUUUUAAUACUAGCACAAUGGUAGAUAUUUCAGCUAGUGAAGAUGUUUUUUACUUUAAUAACUUUAAGAUGACUGUUUCCUGUGCAUAUAAGAGAGGGCAUGACAAGUUAUUAGUUGAGUAGACAUUUAUUAAGUUCCUUAGAGAUAUUCUCAAUAAGCAAAAUCAUUUCUAAAUAGCUGCAUUUGUGGUUUUUGCCAAACUAGGUACAAAGUAGAAAAUUUACUAAGAACAUAGUGACCUGCCUUCUUCUGUUUGCCACUGGAAGAUGUAAGUUAAGAAUGGAAUUGUUCAUUUGCUUUCUUGACUUUCAUAAGUUUCUAAAGAAAUCUAAUUUAAGUCUUUGGGAUUUUGUUUGACCUUUAUUUAUUGAGUUCUGGUCACAGAACAUGAGCUAUCUGUCCUGCUUAUUAUGGAGGGCCAGAAAGCAGUUAUUGGGGAACAAUGACUCAAGACCUGAAUCCUUUAACUUAUUUUGUAUGUUGCAAAAAAGAAAAGUUUAUUUUGCCUGAGAGUCACAUUUUUUAUAACUGUACAGAUUUUAAGGGAGGGGGGAAAAUACCAUACACUAGGAUGUAGAUUUUUAAAAUUGUGUUUAUCCUAGAACAUCUACAGGUGCAUUAUAUAAUUAAAUCUAAAAUUGUUUAAAGCCUUGUUCUAUGGUCUUUUUUCAUUCUCCUGCCUUUCAGCAGAGUUGGUGCACAUCACCAUUGCUAGAUGGAUAACCCUGGAAAUCAGGUCAAACAAUGUUUCCAAAGCUUUAUGAUCACUUAAGAGAGCACACAUGCAUCAAACAUGUAUACACAUAGCCGCAUAAGGCUCACGAUCUGGUUUGUAUUAGUGUAAAUGGACUUCAACUUCAGCUAAAGUAGUCCCAGCUUGACAUUUAACAGCAGUCUUACAAUGUGUGGCUCGGGUAUUUUCAUGUUUGUCUGGCAUCUUGUUAUUUUCUCAAAGUAGCUUCUUGAAAAAGGAACAAGUUGUAUCAGUUUCAGUUGGUACUUCUUAGUCAAUAAUGAACAGACUUAAUUCCACAGUGGUAUUCCUGCAACCAUGGCAGGAAAAGAUAAUCAAGUGUCCUCAUUUGAUCAAAAUUAUUUUCAAAUUUUGGAGAACUGCCAAUUUCAAUGGCAUAUAUAUAUAUAUAUAUAUAUAUAUAUGAAUGUAUGUAUAUAUAUGUGUAUAUAUAUAUAUAUCAUACUUGAUCAUAUUGAGACAUCAUUAUUUAAAUACGAGUAUCUUUUGCCAUCUGGUAAUUUUACCAUUCUGGUUUCUCACCUUUCAUUACAAGUGUAUUCUUGAAUCGUUAAAUAUUGUAACUGUCCAUUUCUAUCUUAGCUACUGUUAGCUGUUUUCAACUAAUAUCAGAUGUUGGUUUCUUUGCUAGCCUCACCUGUUUACUGUUGACACCUGGGAAUCCUGAGUUUCCUGGUGAAGAAUACAAAUUUCAGUUUGUAGAAGAUGUAAGUUAGAUUUUAAUUUUGACUUAGUCAUGGCAGUAGGAAUUCCCAGGAGCAUUUAAUUAAAAUGCUGCUUGGGUUUUUCAAAACUAGUAUGUUCUAAUAUGCUCUAUUUUCUAAUUCUUUAAAAAUUAUUCCUGGACUAAGCUUUCAGAAUAUAUUAUUGGUAGGAGAUGAGGGCUACAGCAGAAACACCAGGUUAGCUUAAUACUUGUGCUAAUCAGGUACCUGUUAGUCAAACAGGGAAUUUUGGAGUCCUGUCUGCCCCAAAUAAUACUACGUGUGUGUGUGUGUGUGGGAGGGGAGCUUUGAAAACUGGAAAUGUGCUUUUGAUAGUGCACAAAUAAAUUUUGUGCAUUAAAAUAAUAUGAGAAUUUCUGGUAGCUUAAGUCUUAAGGAGUUGACUAAAAUAUCUGGACACCUAGUAUUAGGGUUACAGUGCAUAGUUGCUUAAAUACAAUGUCCCUGCAAAUGACAACCAAAAUACAUUGUGGCUGAUGCCAAUAUUUUUGUUAAUGAAAUCUUUGAUGUCUCAGUACAGUCUGAUCCCAAGUUGGUGUUAUAACCCAGGCCUUAGCUAUUUUAUAGCUAUUGGCCUAAUUGUGUAACUUUUCUUUCCUAGUGUUUUACUACAAUACUUCUGACAUUUCUUUCUCUUAAUAUAUGCCAGUUGUCAUAAUAAAAAAUUAAACCAUUGGA